AUGAGUAAUCAAUUAAAUACAACAAAUAAACAAUCCACUUUACAAUUAUAUAGAAUAAUAAAACUUGAUAAUGAAUAUAAUAAUAAUCAAAUAUUUACAUUUAUAAUACCGCCACAAUUUAUUAAAGGUUUUUUACAUAGUGUCCAAUCUAAUGAAUUCUAUUAUGCUGGUCAUUAUUGGUAUAUACGUAUGGAAUAUGAUAUCAAUAUAGAUAAUCAAUAUACUACUACUAAUAAUAAUAAUAGUAGUAAACAAUUUAUACAAUAUAAUAAACAACCCUUAGGUAUAUCACUUCAUUUAUGUCAUUUAUCUAAUGGUUUAUUAUGUCAUUUAAAAUCAAUUAAAUUCACUAUCCCUCAUCAAUAUAAUUAUACAUUAAAUUUAAUACAUCAAAUGAAUAAUUUAUAUUUUACAAAUAAAAAUUUAUCUUAUCAAUUAACAUCAUGGAUUCAAUCAAAUUUAUUAUUAACUAAUCAAUAUUAUUUAUUUGAUAAUGAUACUUGUUUAUUAGAAAUUGAAUUGAAUCAAUUAAUGACAAUUUAUGAAGAACAAUUACAUAUAUCGAAAAAUAUUAAAGAUAUAUUACAUUGUAAAUGUAUUGAAUCUACAACAUUUACAUAUUCUAAUAAUGAUUGGAGUUUUAUUAUUGAUUGGAAUCAUUUAUUCAAUACUACUACUACUACUACUAAUACUACUAAUAAUAAAGAUAGUAAAGUUAUUCAUGAUUAUAGACCGAAAUGUUAUUUACAAAAGCAUAAUACAUUAAAACAUUGGAUUAGAAUACAAUAUAUCAUAUCUAUUCAUUGGUAUAAUUUAGGUGAAUUUACUACAGAUUUAUUAGAUCAUUUAAUUAAUCCAGAUCAUAGUUCUAUAACUAAACCAUUAUUAAUUGGUGAUUUAAAUUGGUUUUUAAAUAAUACAAUCUCUAAUAUGAUUAAAUUAAAACAUAAAAUUUCUAUUAAAAUUCAUUUUUAUUCAAUUACAUAUAUUAAUUUAAUACAAUUAAUACCAACAUUACCACAUAUCAAUCAAAAUUGUACACAAUUUAUUGAUCCAUAUGGUAUAGAAUGGUUUAUUAUAAGUGAUAUAUUAGGGAAAUUAGUACAUUUAAAAUUAUUUUAUUUAAAUCAUUCCAAUACUACUUAUAAUACUACUUAUAAUAAACAAUUGAAUGAUAAUGAAUAUCAAUUACAAGUUAGAUCAACUGCAUGGUCAAUUCAAUUAAUUCCAUAUAAUGAAUCAUUAAAUAAUGUUAAAUCAAUGAGUCCAUUUUAUGUUAUAUAUACUUCAAUGAAUAAUAAUACAACAAAUCAAACAAUCUUGAAACAAAAUUCUAAUACAAAUUAUCAAGAAAUUGUUUUAAAUUUAGAUGUUGAAAAGGUAUGUAGUUCAAAUUUUGGAUAUUCACGUCCAAGUGAUAAUGCAAUUACAUUACAUAUUGAAUGGUUAUAUUCUCAUGUAUUAUGUAGAGGUGAUUAUCAAAAUUAUGAUGAAUUGAUCGCAAGACAACGUUAUCAUCUUUUAAGAGAUAUAAGUAACAAAGAUUCAGGGAAUGAACAUUUAAACAAACUUAAACAAGUUCAAGUUUCAACAACAACAACAACAACAUCAUCAUCAUCAUCAUCUAAAGAAAAUGAUCAUCAUGAUCAUGAUACUAAUCGAGGAAAAUUAUCAGAAUCUAAUAUAAAUUCUAUUAAACAAUCAUCAUAUUUAAGAAAAUCAUCUGAAAUCUUAUCAUCAUCUAAAUCAUAUUUUCAAGAUUCAUUUAAAAUUAAAAAAACUUCAACAAAUAAAGGAUCCAUAUCACCAAAUCAUUCAUUAUCUAGUGGAAAUUCUUUAACAAAUUCAUUAAAUAUUAAACAUUUUUUAACACCAUCCGUAAUUAUUAAUAAUAAUAAUAAUUUAAAUUUAGAUAUAAAUAAUUUAGAUGAUGAUUCUUCGUCUACAAAUCAAUCUUGGCGUCGUCAUAGUUCGUGUUUAGAAGAAGUUGGAACAAAUAAACCAAGACAACGUAGACAAUUACCAUCUCCACCUCCUCUUCCUGUUCCAUUAGUAUCAUCAUCAUCAUCUUCAUUGAAAUUAACAGGAGUUAUAUUACCUGAUGAUGUGAAUACUAUUUCUUCAAUUGAUCGUUAUCAAACAACACGAACAAAUAAUAAUAAUAAUAGUCCACGUUUAUCAUUAAAACAUGAACAUUCGGAUUUUGGUCAUUUUAUCUAAACAAACAAGAAAAAUUUGUG